CACAGAAUAGUCCAAAGUAGCUAUAAGGGAAGGACAUUGGCAAGUUCCAUCUGAAUUCUAAAUUCCCUACAAAGAAUAGUACCCAAAUACACAUUAUUUAUUUAUUAAUAUAUAACACGUUUUUGCUCAUCAAAUUCAGAUUGAGAACUCGGAAGUUGGAAGCAAAAUGGGGUUUGAGAAAGAAGCAGGUUCAUCAUCGUAUUCCCUACCACCAUACCCAAGAGAAGACACUCCUCUUCUUGCAAAGCCACCCCUUCUCUCCUCCAAACCCAAGACCUUCGCCAACAUCUUCAUCGCCAUCGUUGGGGCUGGUGUAUUGGGACUUCCUUACAGUUUCAAGAGAACGGGCUGGGCCAUGGGCCUUCUCAUGCUCUUCGCUGUUGCAUACCUCACUUACCACUGCAUGAUGCUACUCGUCCACACGCGCCGGAAACUCGAGUCCAUCUUGGGCUUCUCCAAAAUCGGUUCUUUCGGUGACCUGGGCUUCACCGUCUGCGGCCCACUGGGCCGAUUCUCCGUGGAUGCCAUGAUCGUGCUCUCUCAGUCGGGCUUCUGCGUGAGCUACCUCAUCUUCAUCUCCACCACGUUAGCGUUUCUCACGAGCAACGCCGCCGGCGAAACGGCGCCGGUUGUUCUCGGUUUGAGCCCUAAGGUCUUGUUCCUGUGGGGGUGCUUUCCCUUUCAAUUAGGGUUGAAUUCGAUUCGCACGUUGACGAAUUUGGCUCCUCUUAGCAUUUUCGCUGACGUGGUUGAUCUUGCAGCGAAGACUGCCGUUAUGGUGGAUGACGUGUUUGUUUUCCUGAGGAAUAGGCCUGCGUUAGAGACUUUCCGGGGCUUCUCUGUGUUUUUCUAUGGAAUCGGUGUUGCGGUUUAUGCGUUUGAAGGAAUUGGAAUGGUUCUGCCAUUGGAAUCCGAGGCUAAGGAUAAGGAAAAAUUCGGGAAAGUUUUGGGCUUUGGGAUGGGUUUUAUUUCGGUGUUGUUUGGGUUAUUUGGGUGUUUGGGUUACUUUGCUUUUGGGGAAGAGACUAAGGAUAUUAUAACUACGAAUUUGGGUUUUGGGUUGAUUAGUGGGUUGGUUCAGAUUGGACUUUGUAUUAAUUUGUUCUUCACAUUUCCUUUGAUGAUGAACCCGGUUUAUGAGGUGGUUGAGAGAAGGUUUUCUGGGUCUAGGUAUAGCUUGUGGAUGAGGUGGUUGAUGGUGUUGGUGAUAAGUUUGGUGGCGCUUUUGGUGCCAAAUUUUGCUGAUUUUCUGUCAUUGGUGGGAAGUAGUGUGUGUGUUGUUCUUAGUUUUGUGUUGCCUGCUAUGUUUCAUUGUUUGGUUUUUAAGGAGGAGUUGGGUUGGAGGGGUGUUGUGUUGGAUGGGGCUAUUGUGGUUUUUGGGAUUGUUAUUGCUGUUGCUGGAACUUACACUUCCAUUAUGGAGAUUGUUUCCCCCACGGCUUGAUUGAUUACAAGUUAAAUUUGAAGCACUCAGGUUUUUUUAUGGGACUUGGUUUUGCUUUGUAGAGAUUCUUCCCUCCAAAUGCUAAUUGGGCUGGGAGGAAUUCUCGAAUGGAUUUGAUGCUAAUGUGAAGCGUUUUGCUUGCACAAUCUGGUGAUGACCAUCUAUAGUUGAAGCUGCCCAUUCUUUGUGUUGUAUGCUGCUCUUCUGUUGUAAAAAUUGCAGCCAACUUUGAUGAGCAAAAUAGGAAAUCUGUGCCUAUGUACCUGAACCUUUGUUUAAGGUUUGAGAAAUGUUCCAUUAGUUACUUGUUUGAAUUUUCCUCCUUCAUUCAUACCAUAUGCCUUUACAUGGAGACUAUAAGUUUUUAGUUUUAAUUAGUUUGGUGCCUUGCAAAACACCUUUUAUCAUGUAUUCAUGUUGGAUUUAACUAUAGGCAGGCAAGUAGGCAAUUCAAUGAUCUGAUCCAUGACU